GGGCGGACUGCUGAGGCCACAGCUCCCCAAGCUUGCCUUUAUAAGCCUUUUUAUCAAUUUCCAGAUACUCUUGAGAGUUCAGAUACGCCCUGUGCUGCUUUAGGUAUAAAAAGCCUAGUUGGACUGAAGUGUUUGGAAGUGGCUUUUCCAGCUGCGGUUGAACUGCUGACCUCCAAUGGCUUCUUUGUUCAUUUUGUCCCUGAAUAUUGCUGUAGGUGCAGCCUUGGCUGGAUCCCAUCUGGUUCCUGAGACAUGCCUGCAAGGUCCAGAGUUCUGGUGCAAGGACAUGGCUACAGCUGUUGAAUGCAGGAGGGAGCAGUAUUGUUGGAAUCUCCAGAACGGCUCCUUGUUGUGGGAGACACUCUUGGAAGAGGAAGAGGCCCCUGCUCCAGGGAAGAAAUGUUCUAUGUGCAUCAAGAUAAUGCAGAAGCUCCAGGAACUGGCUGGGGAUGAUCCAGAUGAAGAAGCAAUUAAUAAUGCAAUCAGAAAGACAUGUAAGUCUCUGCCCAAGCCCCUGGGUUGGGUUUGCAAAACCGUGAUGAAAAAGUUCAGAGAUAAGAUCAUCGAGGCUCUGCAGAAUAACGAGGACCCAAAAGAAAUGUGCGUUGACCUCAAAAUAUGCCGACGUGACUCAAGAGUACUCCCAGGUCCUGCUGCUUACGCUGCUGCACACUGAUCCUGGAGACCAGCACAGAUGAUUGAUGGUUUCAAUCACAGAUGAUUUUCAGAUGCUGAGCAUUCCGCUGUAAGGUUUUCACCAGUUGCUUGCCCAUGAUGAAUCUUUGCUUUCGGGUGUUACGCUGAAUAAAAAUGC